UUCACUAGCAAAACUACCUCAUUACCAGAGUGGUUUGCCUGUGUGUUUCAGUUCAAAGAUGCUCUACUUUGUGACAUCAAUUCUGCUAGUAUGUCUGCUGACCUUUGAUGUCGCGGACGCCAAACGAAACAAGACCAGCUUACAGAAGCAGAUUGAUGAAUUAAGGGGAGAGUUCGAGGCCUUCAAGAACGAUAAAUCCAGUGAGAAGCCAUACUUCGGAGCAUACAUACAAGAUGGCGACUGGCUGCUGGCCUUCCGCUUGGUGGCCGGCAACAAACAGCCAGGCUACGACUCCUUCACCGACGUCAACAGAAACGACGACGACCCGCUUGUUCGGGCCUUGACCCCGUGCUCCUGUCUCGCUGCCAACGGCACGUGCACCCGACACUACCGCGGGUCCAUUCUCACCCAAUGGUCGCAGCUACCCAUCAGCAAGGUCAGGCUCUCUAUUUACGAGGGCGGUCGACAGAAGGCCUUCGCUGUCUUCAAUGGAGCCGGCAGUUCCUUCUCCAACUGGUUCUCUGCUGACAGACUGGAGGAUUCGUCAUGGACAGACCUGAAGACGUCAUCAAAGAACUACUUUUCGGUUGCUGGAGACAUCAUUCUCAACAGACGAUUCCUGAUCAGCAGCGGGUACCUGCUGUGUGCCGGUGACAGUGGGUGGCUUGCGGUCAAGGACGCCAAUGACGUGUGUUCGUGGGGUCAGCUGACCACUCCCGCCUCUUUCCCGCUCAUCCUGUACUCGACGACAGGAACUAAAGCUCGCUACCAGUCGACAGCCUUUUCUAGGGCCGAUUCUCUGGCGGUGUGGGUCACCCUCAAAGAACCAGAAGACUUCGGCGAAUCCUGCUUCUAAAAAAAAACCCAAAAACCACUGGCUUUAACAUUUCACUACGAUUGUUCUUGAGCUAAGAACUGGACCUGAAAAUGUUGCCAUAAAUAAAAUAGAGCUUUGUUCUUAGUUUUGAAAUUAAUAAAAACUGCAAGUACAAUU